AUGUCCAUUUGUACUUUUUUGGGCAAGUACAUAUUGUACUUGUUCAACCUGUUGUGUCUCAUCUCCAGCGUUGGCAUUCUGUCCAUUGCGUUCCUCAUCAAUCACAAACUAUACAAAUGGUCAAAUUUCAUAAGCACGGAACUCAUCACCACACCUCAAAUACUUUUGGCCAUUGGAAUCGGACUAUUAAUUAUCUCCGUCAUUGGUCUGUGUGGUGUCCUUAGAGACAUUGGAUGGCUUUUGACACUGUUUUCCAUACUGCUUACAAUUGUCUUGAUUGGAGAACUCAUUUUAUCCGGUUUCGUUUAUUACAAUGGCGGUGAAAUCAAAGGGUAUGCGUUGAAUCAGAUGAACAAUACAAUUUCUUCAUACAAUAAAACUGGUUAUGAAGCCUCCACACAAACUUGGAAUUUGAUACAGUCAGACAUUGAAUGUUGUGGAAUUUAUGGACCAAAAGAUUGGGAACCAGUUACACACAGCAAUAAACUACCGACAUCUUGUUGCUAUGCCAUACCAUUAGACGGAUUUUGUACAGACAUUGAAUCAUAUAAAGACGGCUGCUUCAAAAAGUUUGAAAGUAUUCUAGAGGAAAAUAGUGAAAUAAUAAUAUGGACAGCAAUUGGAUUUGCUUUAAUUCAGCUUUUUGCUGUAUUUUUAGCAUGUUGUCGCAAGUGUUCUUUACACAAAGAAUAUGAAACAGUUUAA